ACAUUCAAUUUCCACAGACUUCUCUCUGGGUGUAGAUGGCUCUCUUCAUCAUAAGAUCAUUGGAACUGGCCUGAAUUGUCUCAUUGUUGAGAAGAGCCACAUCCAUCAGAAUUGAUCAUUGUAUAGUCUUGUUGCCAUGUAAUGAUCUCCUGGUUCUGCUCAUUUCACUUAGCAUCAGUUCAUGUCAGUCUCUCCAGGCCACUCUGACAUCAUCCUGCUGAUCAUUUCUUAUAGAACAAUAAUAUUCCAUUACAUUCAUAUACAAUUUAUUCAGCCAUUCUCCUACUGAUGGGCAGACACUCAGUUUCCAAUUUCUUCCCACUACAAAAAUGGCUGCCACAAACAUUCUUGCACCCUCCUUUAAGAUUUCUUUAGUAUUAAAGUCCACUAGAGAGACUGCUGGACCAAAGGGUAUGCACAGUUUGAUAGUCCUUUGUGCAUAGUUCCAAACUGCUCUCCAGAAUGGUUGGAUCCACCAACAAUGCAGCAAUGUCCCAGUUUUUCCACAUCCCCUCCAACAUUUGUCAUCUUUUCCUGUCAUCUUAGCCAAUCUGAGAGGAAUACAUAUUGCUUUAUGAAUCAUGUUGGGAGAGAAAAAUCAGAGCAAAAAGGAAAAACCAUGGGAGAGGUGAAAAAACAGAAAAGAGAAACGAGCCUAGCAUGUGUCGAUUUACAUUCAGUCUCCUUAGUUUUUUCUCUGGUUGCAGUUGGCAUUUUCUGUCCAAAGUCUAUUGGGAUUGUUUUGGAUCCCUGAAAUACUGAGAAGAACCUUUCAUUGCUGAUUGCACACUCUUGCUGUUAUUGCAUACAGUGUGUUCCUGGCUCUGCUUGUUUCGCUCAGCAUCAGUUCAUGUAAAUCUUCCCAGGCCUUUCUAAAAUUGGCUUGUUCAUCAUAUUUUUAUAGAACAACAAUAUUGCAUUACCUUUGUGUGCCACAAUUUUUUUUAGCCAUUCCCCAAUUGAUGGGCAUCUACUUUUUCCAAUUCUUUGCUACCACAAAAAGAGCUGCUAUAAACAUUUUUGCACGUGGGUCCUUUUCUGUCCUUUAUGAUUUCCCUGGGUUCCAGACCCAGUUGAGGAGUGGAAGGUCACCACAGGGGAGCCCCAGACCCAAGGGUAUAUUCCAUGUCAUUUCACAACUUCAUUCUAGUCUUUCCAGACUGGACCACUUUAUAGGAGGCACUUCAUGUUCCAGACAAGGGCUUAAUGCAGGCAAGAAGGGUAAGCUGGGGGUCCUCCAGUCCCAGGGGGCUGGGAGGCUGAUUCUCAGUGAUUCCUGGGAUCGGACUUGAGGAUUGGUACCAAGCUGCCUGUUUUUCCUUCCUCCCCUGCUCUGGCCCAUCCCCUAAAACAAGAACUCUUUAUCCCUUUUUCUGUUGUGUCCUGGAUCCCUUUGGCAGUCAGGUAAAGCCUCCUCAGAAUGACGGUCCCGAACAAUCGGAGAAAAUGCUCAUUUUCAGGUAGAAGUUAAUGAAAUAAUUUUGUUUUCUCAUACUAAGUUCACCGAUGCCCUAAAAUCCUUCUGGGAAAAAACUCCGGAUCUAAGAACAGGGACCCGAUUCUUGGCCCCUUCCUUCUCUUGUGCCCCUUUCCCCUCCCUGCCCUGCUUCAGGCAGGGAGAGGGGAGCAAAGUGGGGAGAUAGAGGAGGAGUUACUGGGUUCUGAGCAGUCUCGACUUGUCCUCUUCUGACUGAAGUAAAUGAAACUGAAAGUGAGUCCGAGAGUGAGUGGAGCUGGGGAACUGGGGAACUGGGGAGUAGUGAGGAGGGAGGGGACGGAGAGCCCCGAGAGGUCGUGGGGAAUGGCGGGAAGAGCAAUGCUGGUCCUGUUCCUGCUCAGCCCGGGGCUGUUAUGGAUUCCAGGCUGGCAGCCGGUGGAGGCUGGCAUGAAGCUGGGCAAGGUCCGCCAGCUGCCCUGCAUCUUGGAGGUGCCCCCGGUUCCCUCCAAGACCCUCGAGGGAGAUCUAGGCCUUCAGCGGCAACAUAUCCAGCUGGUGCUGAGCAGUUCCGAGAGCCAGACCCUGCCCCACCAGGCGGGCAGCGCCACCUUCCUCCUGCAGGACAGGGCAGGCGUCCUUCUCCCCCACGUGGAUGAGGCCCCGGACCAGCUGGAGUGCACCAUGACCCGCUAUUUCACCCACAACAUGCAGAUCCUGUGGCCGGGCCUCCCUCGGCGCCAGGCCCAGCUGCCCACCUGGUACGUGGUGACCGUGACCCACACGGGCGGCCGCUUCAGAAUCAGCACCUUCUGCUUCCAGCCCGCCCAGGGCCCCGGGCCGGCGCCGCUUUCAGGAGUGUUCUCCCUUCACACCAAGGACCCCCGAGUCCAGGUGCGGCCACAGGAGACCGUCUUCCUGGCCUGCGGAUUCUCCGUGGACCACGCCCUCGAGGCCGUGGACGUGUCGUGGGUGCUGCAGCAGAAGGGGGGGCAGCGUCGGGAGCUGCUGACGUACUCCGGGAAACAGGGCCGGCUGACCCACCUCCACAAGCAGGCCGAGGCCUUCCCGGCCGAGAUUCCCCGGGGAAACGCUUCCAUCCGGCUCGCCAACGUGGCGGUCAAGGACGCGGGCAACUACGUCUGCUCGGCCAGCGCCGCCGGGCUCCGCCUGGAGCUCCCCUGCGAAGUGGCUGUUGUGGAGCCCCCCAAAGUGACGCUCAGCCCCCAGAGCCAAGUUCUGACCUUGGAGGAAGGACAGGAGCAGAAGCUGGUGUGCGAGGUCAGCCGCUACUACCCGCUGGAGGCUCACACCCAGUGGCUUCGAGAGCCUCUGGAAGGGCGCAUGCUCCCAGAGGUGGUGAAAAAUGUUCUCUUCGGCAAUCAUCGGCAGAGCGGCGACGGAACCUACAGCAUUUCCAGCUACUUCCUCCUGAAGGCCUCGCGCCGCGAUGAUGGCGUCCGCUACACCUGCCGGGUGGAGCACCAGGGCCUGCGGUUCCCCAUCAGGAAAAGCAUCACCAUCUUGGUGACAGAAAAGUUUGGGUACGGUUUGUGGCUGUUCCUGUUCAUCCUCGCAGUCCUAAUGCUUCUUCUUGUGGUGCUUUUGAAGUACCUGAAGCAAGGUAAAGGGCAGUGUUUGUUUUUUGGGGUGCUCUGGGAGAAAAAAGGAGGGAAAUCAGCAACACCCAUCGCCCCUGCUACGAGGAGGGCUGCUCUUCAAUCCAGUUCCAUCCAGAAUUGCAUGGCCUACCGGAUGGUCUAUACUCCAAUCUUAUCCUAUCCUUGAUUAACAAUCUCCCAUGGAUGAAAUAUCUGGGGACCUUGGGGGAAAAUAAAAGUUCAGAUUCCCAGAAAAUCUUAGUCUCAAUCCAUCAGUCAGUCAAUCAACAAACAAACUCUAUGGUAGGCACACCAUACAAACACAAAAGCAAACAGACCCUGUUCUUGAGCUUACAUUCUAUUGGGAGAAGGAAGGAAAGAUAUAUGCAAAAGGAGUGCCUGAUGAUUUGGGAAGGGGAAUGUUAACAAUUUGGGGAAAGUCUUUUGGGAGAAGUAGCUCUUGAGUUGAGCUUUGACAGGAGCAGAGUUUUAAGAGGUAAAAGGAAGAAUAGGGAAGCAAAAGGGAGAGCAUCACUUUGGUAGCUGUGGGAAGGAUGGAUUGAAGUGGGGAAAUAUUAGGUAUAAGAACUAAAAUUGAGAGGAAGAUUCUAGGUUCAUGGAUUGAAACUGGGAGGACUAUGCAAUCAUCCAGGUAGGAGGGAAUGAAGGCCUGGAUCUGCAUGGUUUGGGGGUCAGUACAGUCAAGGAGACAGAUAAGAGACUGAAAAAAUAGAACCUGUAAAGCAUGGGACUUUGAUUAGCUGUGAUGAGUGAGGGAGAAACUAAAAUCAAGAAUUCCAUCAAGUCAGGGAUGUAUUUAGAGGAAAAGAUAAUGAAUUCUAUUUCAGACAUGCUGAAAUUGGGGUAGAAAUAUCCAGUAAGCAGUCAGAAAUCUCAUCCUGGAGUUCAGCAGAAAGAUGAGCACUGAAUAUCUAGAACUGGGAGUUGUCUGCAUAGAAAUGAUGGUUAAAUCCAUGGGAACUGUUGAUCUCAGGUAGAGAGUGUAGAGAGAGAAUAGGAGAGGGUCCAAGACUGAGCCUUGGGAUACAUUUAUAUAAAGGAGACAGGACAUGACUACAAAGACAAGAAACAAACAGUCCCAGCCUCCAAGGAGGAAUAUUCAAUCUAAUUCUUUUCUUAUCCUUUUU